UUCGUCUCUCUUGGAAGUAAAAACCUCACUCCCUCUCCCUCUCCCUCUCUACAACCCUUGAAUUACUGCGCGCAGAAUCUCUUUUUCUCAGCACGAUCUGCAUUUCCUUUGAUCAAUUCGCUGGCUCCCACUCCUGAAUCAGCACUACAUUCGUGCUCCACCCAACUCUGAUCUUUUCUUCUCAAAUCUGGACCUUCAGACCAUACACAUCCACAAUCGGCGCGCUGACUGCUGGAGUUAUACGACGUUGAGGCCGGCGCUGUCGACCGGCGCCGUACGCUUGGAUGGCAACAGCUUUACAGGCCAAGGAUCCGGCGGAUUGGGUUUACAGGGGAGAAGGAGCUGUGAACUUGGUUCUUGGUUAUUGCGGAAGUUCACCUAAUUUUGUUGGGAAGGUAUUAAGGAUUCAAAAAAUUUCAAAUACUGAGCCUGCAUGUGAGAAUGGUCAGACAGUUCUAACCAAGCAUGAAAAUCUCCUGUGGAGCCAAUAUGAAGGAAUUGUGUCAGCUCCUACAAGGGAAAUUGCAGAUCAAUUAUAUGUUCAGAAAGUAAUAUGUCCGCUGUUGGGUUCUGAACACGUUGAUGCUGGGAUCCGUGUUCUUGCAUCUAAAGAAUUUUUGGAGGCAAUUGAAAGAAAAAUUCUCAACCAGCGCCCUCCUUGGCGGGUUGAUGCUGCCAAAAUCAAUCCCCUGUGUGAUUCAGUGCUUCUCAUUGCUGAUCAUUCAACAUUUCCUUGUGUUCCAGGUGUUAACAAAGAGGACUAUUGUAUCGCAGUUGAGAUAAAGCCUAAAGGUGGGUUUCUUCCCAUUUCAGAAUUUAUAGCAGAAGAAAAUGCAGUCAAAAAGAAAAUUUCUCGCUUUACUAUGCACCAGGCUCUGAAAUUUCAUCAGGGAAAGAUUUCUCAAGUGAGUAAAUAUGAUCCACUGGAUAUGUUUUCGGGAUCCAAGGAGAGAAUACAUAAAGCGAUUGAGUCUCUCUUUCAUACUCCUCAGAAUAACUUCAGGGUUUUUUUAAAUGGUUCACUAAUCUUUGGAAGCAUGGGUGGUGCUUUAGACAAGACAAGUUAUAUGGUUAAUCAAGUAUUCCAGGAUGGACUCAAACAUGUUAUUCUGGCAAAAGACGGGAUGCAUAUAAAAUAUAUUCUUGAACUUGUUGCAGAAAUUAUUAUCAAGUCGGGGUUGUUGAAUCGGCUUCUUGAAAUACAGAAGCUUGAUGCUUUUGACAUUGAAGGUGCAAUUCAUACCUACUACGACACUGUCGCAAAACCUUGUAUCGUCUGUCAGGAAAAAGGUGUAAAUAAAUUGAUGGCAACAUAUUCAAAACUACAUUCUAUGCCAAGGGAUGAAAAGUUGAAAGUUGUGAGAGAUUACUUGAUAUCUGCCACUGCAAAGGACAUAAGUAUGAUGAUUACUUUCAGAGCACGGGAAAAUAAGGAUACAGCACCUUCCCGCAGUUCUGUCUUUCUGGAAUCAACCAAUCAAUCUUUUGAUUACAAGGUCUCUUUUGUUGACUUGGACAUGAAACCACUGGAGAAAAUGGAGCAUUAUUAUAAGUUAGAUCAGCAGAUAGUAAGCCACUACCGUAAGGUGAUAAACGACAAGGAUGGAAUUGAUUGUGCUGAGGUUCCCCCCAAAAAACAUACCAAUGGCUUUGGUAGUCAACACCACACAAUCUAGGAAAAAUGUGUUCUAUCAUUCUAUCCCAGGUUGGGAGUUUAACAUGAUCCGAGCAAUGAGAUAUCAGCUUUUCCACAUAAGAAGUGAGUGUUUUUUCAGCUACUUCAAUGCAGCACCUUUCCUACCCAUCUGAGCUUAAUAGAUGAUACAGUUGGUUUUUCGAAUUUGUGCAAAUUGGCUUGCUGAAAGAUGUAUUAUCCCAUGUGUAUGAACUCUAGGUCAAAACUUUACUUUAUUAGAGAUUCCUCAGUAUCUUUGGGGAAUGUAAUUCCGAAUGUAUAAUAUUUGCUGGAGACAAGAUUUGAGUGUGAGGGAAAUGCUUACUACUGAACCUUCUGUAUAUUUUAUGAAAUUAUUCGGCAUCCUGUCAAAAAUUUACAAUGAAACAAUCGAUUAUGCA